UCAACAUGGCGGGGCCUUUGUGUCCUGGCUCCCGGGCUCGGAGCCCGCUUCGCGGCUCCGCUGUUCCGUGUCCUCGGCUCCGGGAGCCCUUCGGUGAGUCUGCUAAGCCUCUGUGAUCCUGUGACCCGCAGGGACUGGGAGAGCCCUAGGGAGGACGACGGAACAUCGGAGGCCGGGAAAUGGGAGUGUUAACAUUCAGGGAUGUGGCCAUAGAAUUCUCCCCAGAAGAAUGGGAAUGCCUGGACUCUGCUCAGCAGCAUUUGUAUAGGGAUGUGAUGUUAGAGAACUACAGAAACCUGGUCUCCUUGGGUCUUGCUAUCUUUAAGCCAAACUUGAUUACCUGUCUGGAGCAAAGAAAAGAGCCCUGGAAUUUGAAGAAACAGGAGACAGUAGCCAAAUACCCAGCUGGCUCUUUUCAUUUUACUGCAGAGAUAUUGCCGGAGCACAACAUAAAAGAUUCAUUUCAAAAAGUGAUUCUGAGAAAAUAUAGAAGCUGUGACCUUAAUAAUUUACAUUUAAAGGAAGACUACCAAAGUGUGGGUAAUUGCAAGGGACAGAAAAGUAGUUAUAUUGGCCUUCAUCAAUGUUUGCCAACUACCCAUAGGAAAACCUGUCAAUAUAAUAAAUGUGGCAAAGCUUUUGAGUUGUGCUCAAUCUUCACUGAACGUAAGAAAAUUUUUAGCAGAGAGAAAUACUACAAAUGUGAAGAAUGUGGCAAAGCCUUUAAAAAAUGUUCAAAUCUUACUGAACAUAAGAGAGUUCAUACUGGAGAGAAACCCUACAAAUGCGAGGAAUGUGGCAAAACGUUUACCUGCUCCUCAACCCUUAUUAAACACAAGAGAAAUCAUACUGGAGACAGACCCUACAAAUGUGAAGAUUGUGGCAAAGGCUUUAAGUGCUUCUCAGACCUUACUAAUCAUAAGAGAAUUCAUACUGGAGAGAAACCCUACAAAUGUGAAGAAUGUAACAAAUCCUAUAGGUGGUUCUCAGACCUUGCUAAACAUAAGAUUAUUCAUACUGGAGAGAAACCCUACAAAUGUAAUGAAUGUGGAAAAUCUUUUAAGUGGUUUGCGGCCCUGAGUAAACAUAAGAGAAUUCAUACCGGAGAGAAACCCUACAUCUGUGAAGAAUGUGGCAAAGCCUUUACCCGCUCCUCAACGCUUAUUAACCACAAGAGAAUUCAUAUGGAAGAGAGACCUUACAAAUGUGAAGAAUGUGGCAAAACUUUUAAGUGCUUCUCAGACCUUACUAAUCAUAAGAGAAUUCACACUGGAGAGAAACCCUACAAAUGUGAAGAAUGUGGCAAGGCAUCGAGCUGGUUCUCACACCUCAUUAGACAUAAAAGAAUUCAUACUAGAGAGAAGCUCCACAAGUGUUAAAAACGUGGAAAAGCCUUUAACAAGUCAUUAUAUUGUGUUCAACAUCAGAGAUUUAAUAAUGAAUGCAGUAUAAAUGUAAAGUCUGUUGAAGAACGGUUAACAUCUUGGAGGAUCUCUUUAAGAACUUCAUAAUGUGAGUGCUUUUGUGUUGGGUGCGUAUGUAGCCCUUUACUAUUAUGCAAUGCCCUUGUCUUUUUUUUUUUCUUUUUCUAAUUUAUGUUGAUUUAAAGUCUGUGUUUUCAGAAACUAGAAUUGUGACCCCUCCUUUUUUUCUGUUUUCUAUUUGCUUGGCAGAUUUUUCUUUUUCCUUUUAUUUUGAGCUUAUUUAAGAUGAGUGUCUCAAUUACAGCAUACCAGUAG